CACAGAUUUAGGACCCUGUGGAGCUUUUUCCCCGCCUGCCGUCCCUCCCUCAGGCACGCCGAGGACGGCCCUGUUGGGGUCCUUGUGGCCAGCCAAGAUGGCUGCGCCCGCGGUGAAAGCUGCGCGAGGGUGGCCGGUUCUGGCGCUGGGCAUACGGAAUCGUCUCCUGCGGUUUCCAGGGCUAACCCAGGUGAGGGGGAGCCGCUAUGGUCCUGAAUACAAGGAUCCACAGGUUGACAAAGAAUAUUACCGUAAGCCUUUGGCAGAGCUGACGGAGGAGGAGAAGUAUGAGCGGGAACUCAGGAAGACUCAGCAUAUCAAAGCUGCCCCAGCGUCGAAAACAAGCUCUGUGUUUGAAGACCCAGUGAUCAGUAAAUUCACCAACAUGAUAAUGAAAGGAGGAAACAAAGUCCUGGCCAGAUCCCUCAUGGCGCAGACUCUGGAAGCUGUGAAAAGGAAGCAGUUUGAGAAGUACCACGCUGCCUCUGCAGAGGAACGAGCAUCCAUCGAACGCAACCCCUAUACCAUCUUCCACCAAGCACUGAAAAACUGUGAGCCUGUGAUUGGGCUGGUACCCAUCCUCAGAGGCGGCCAUUUCUACCAAGUCCCCGUGCCACUAGCCGACCGGCGCCGUCGCUUCCUGGCCAUGAAGUGGAUGAUUACUGAGUGCCGGGAGAAGAAGCACCGGCGGGUGCUGAUGCCGGAGAAGUUGUCCCAUGAGCUGCUGGAGGCUUUUCACAACCAGGGCCCUGUGAUCAAGAAGAAGCAUGACAUGCACAAGAUGGCCGAGGCCAACCGUGCGCUGGCUCACUACCGCUGGUGGUAGAGGGAGGGUAGGGGCCCUGGGAGGAGCCCGGGGCUCUUUGCUGCAAGAAGUAAUGAAACACUUAAGGGUUAAGGAUGUCGGUCCUUUUUCAGGGCAGGCAGGCCUCAUAAGGAUGGAGCAACAUAUGUAUUGCUUGUUAGUCCUUUCUUUCGGGCCUAGAACUUGCUCUUCCUAUCCCAUCUCCUUACAAUGAAGGAACAUACCACUUUAGAUUUCCUGCAGGAAACUUAGGGCCCGUCCAGUCUCUCCCCUCAAUUCGGGGGUAGAACUUAGGAUGAUAUGAAAGGAAGCAGUUUUAAUGUUAGAAAAGCUUUAUUAGAAAACUGUCACCCUGAACUGGUGUAGCAUGUGACGGGGUGCUGCCAUUUACUAAAACCGACUAGAAAUA